CCCAAAUCUCUGUAUCCUCGCGAGUGAAGAUCUAGCUGUGCCGGGCUUACGGUUCCAUCACCUCAUCGCCUCGCCGCCUCUGGGAUUCCAAAUCCCAACCGAGUCUGAGAUCCGCGCAUGGCAUCGCCGCGCCACAUCCCCGCCGCCGCCGCCGGAUCCGGCAACAAAGAGAAUAUCUCCGAAGAUGGAGACACUUUCUUGGAUUGCCCAACCUUGCGGAAAGAGGGGUCUGCCUCUACAAGGAGGAAGAAGCCUGCAGGUUUCAACUUGAGGAAAAGCAUUGCCUGGAACCCUGCUUUCUUCACUGAAGAAGGUGUUUUGGAUAAUUCAGAGCUUUCUGUGCUUACUGGCUCCCAACUGAUGUCAAAUGGGAGCCCUAGCUCAGGGGUCAGUGCUAUAACGUCCCCAUUGUGUCGGUCUGGGAGAUAUGCUAAUACAUAUGUACUGAAGGAAGUCGCAGAGAACUCACAUGGAAAAUUGCCUGCAAAACAUUGCAGCACAGAAAACCAGGGAAGGAAAUUGUUCUCUUCAGUGAAAACACCUCAGAAGGAUGAACGGAAAGAAUCUUCAGGAACACAAAACAGUGGUUCUGUAAGAAGCACCCAGAAGUGCAUACCACGAGUAACAGCAGGAUCUAUACAGAAGAAAGUACCAAACACAAGUUCUACAGCUCAGAUGUCAAGAAUUCCCAAGAAGUCUCAACCUUCUCUUCCUAUGGCCCCAAGAAGUACCUCAUCUCUGGCAACUGUUUCAAAAUCAAACAAAAAGUUAGCCCCUGUUAAAGCCGAGCAUGUUCAUAGAGUACCUGGACUCCCGCCUAAAUCAAAGACCAGAUCUAUAUCUUCUGGACCUCCCGUGGAGAAGGAUGUGGUGCCUGCUGUUACUGCCAUAUGUGAAGAAGCCAAAGGUUCUGUGAAAUGCCAAAUUUUUUCACCACAUCCACAAAGUAGCCCCUCUAGUUCCUUUGGUGGCACUGCAUCAACUUUUGCUAAGCCAUCAGCACUUCGAAUGCCUUCACCUUCAGUUGGGUUUUUCACACAGGAAAAUGCUCAUGUGUCACUGUCACAUAGUGAUGCUGCUAAAAGAAAUGUGGGGAGGUGCUUUGCAAGAAAUACUUCAUCAGUUGUGAAACCUCCCAGAUAUAAGCAGCCUGAGGAUCUAAAAAGCAGUCUCCGUCUAACAAAGCCGUUGUCAACCAAUUGCCAUGCUGCUUCCAAUCUUCUUGUGCUGCCUGUAACUAGAGAGAGUAACCCCAACACCUUGGUGGGUCAGGAAAAGGAAUCCUUGUCAAAAGCUACUAUUACAUACUCCACAAAAUAUCAAAAUGCAAAUAAUCAAGAAAGGCCAGGGGUUGAUUGCUUGUUGACUGGAAGUGGAGCUACUACACAGCCAUUGAGUUCAGAAAAGAAUGAUGGUGCCAGAAAUAGCGUGCCAACUGUGUACAAUGACGCAUCACAUGUAGAAGGAAGGGACGUUAUCAAAGAGAUUGAACAUAUUGAGAAUUCCUACUCUCUUAGAGUUAUUUGUUCCUCAACCAUUCAACCUGUUGAGGAUUACUGCUCUCUUAAAGCCCCAUGCUCCUCAACCAAACCUAUUGUGGCGAGUAAAUUGUCACUCUCUUGCAUUUCUUCUCAAGGAUUCACCUCCAAUGAUCUCGAUUGUCAAAGCAAGUCAGACAGUGGUUCCAGUGCAGUGAUUGACUUGGAAACUUCUUUUGUUGGAGAAACAGCACUUGCUGUUUCUUUGUCCGAAGGCGACAGUUGCGCUCCAUGUGUUGAUUUAUUGCAAGAUUUUGGUUCCUGCGAUUACCAGAAUACUGUAUGUUCUAAUUUAAUGGAACCAGUGGAAUCUACGAUAUGUGUAGAUCAGUUGCCACAUUGUGAUAGCUCAAGCGAUGAAAUGCCAGCUUUAGCUGACAGUAAUUCAGAUAUGAACAAUUCUUUGUGUAAUGAUGCUAACCGUGCUUCAUCAGAAGAACAAAAUACUGAUGAUGGAAUGGAGCUUGAAACAAAUAAUCCAUCAGCUGUAAAGGAUACUCCGUUGUUACAUGUGGAGUGUGAUCAUAACCACAAUUAUAGGAGCACCGAGUGUUCUAUGAAUCCAGAAGAGGAAAGAGGGCAUGUUUUAUUAGUUGAACCAAAUAUGGAAGACAACAUGGUGCUUGACACAAACAAGUCAGUCCUAGAGGGUGCAUCACAUAUAGAAAAGAAUAAGGCACCAGACAGAUCACAAACAAAUACUAUUUUUAAAGAUCAUCUGAAAAACUUGGUACCAUUUACAGAAGAAUGGCUUGCCGUCAUGGAGGCUCGUGGGCAGGAAGUUCUUGAACAGAAGACUGGCACUGUGCAAAAUUCUCCUCCUGACAAAACUGCUCCAGAACCCAGUCCUUGGUCACCGGUUAAACGGAAAGCGCAAGAUGUUGGUCCAUUUGACUGUACCAAGUACUCCAAAAGUGUCCGAACAUCUGGCACCCCUUAAACUGCAUCUCUUGGUCUUCACUUCCUCUUGUGCAUAAGGUCAGAGACUCAGAGCUGAACGCGGAGCCUUAUCUGCCACGGAUCCUCAUUUUAUCCUGACUAACUGCGUUGUAGUUCAAUAGCCUUGUUGACCUGCAUUUGUUGCCUCCCAUUCUCCUCCUUUUGAUUGUAAAGUACAGUUCAGAUCACGCCCCAACCAAACACUUGGUAAACAACGCAAUAAAGAAAGCUCUUUUCUAUUUUC